GAUAUCCAGUCGGGUAAGAGAGCUUCGUCUGGUAGCGCCUGGUUUUCGCGUCGAUCAUUACCAGGCAAAGUGCAGGCCGUCAAAGGCGCGCUGAAAGGGAAAAUGACGGAUUUGCCGUUUCAUUCCGUAUCCCGUCAUCCGUCUCGACGUGGUGGAUACUGAGGACACCUCUUCAACCCCCAACUGAGCUGAGUCGAUGUCCUCAAAGUGGUGCGAAACCUGCUGGAUUCGUCAGAGCGACCGGCACAGCUGCGGGAUAGCGCGGCGCCAGGUUCAGGCUUUCAUCAGCGAUUAACGCGGUCGACCUCGACUGCGACGCCGGCCUUGGUAUCACCGACCACGUCAUCGGCAUCCCCGGGAUAUACGCGCGUGUACGUAAAGACGGCUGUUCAGUGUCAGUGUGCGUGCGCGAUGAAACAACACACACCACCUGUGGCAUAUCCGUCAUCGUCGUAUUUACGUUGGUGCCUGCAAUACAUAUUGUAUCAUUAAAUUCAGCGACGAGAUCGUUCAUCUCACGGCGCAUUAAAUGCCCAUCGAACCGACGGGGAUUGGAAAUGAAAUUUCGGUGACGCGCGAUCGUGCGAAACGAGUUUUGACACAGUUGAAUAAAUAAAGAAUGAAAUAAUACAUGGAAAAUUCACAAGACGCAAAAUAAAUUUAUGUCUGAAGGCACCGAAAUUAAAUUGGUUUCAACCCCUGUUCUUUUCGUCGAUCAUUGACCGGUAAUACAUGCACGGAGGACUCGCAUAGCUUGAAAGGGUUGAGGAACGAAAAUCGCGGUCAUUGAUGAUAUGACCGAGCAGUCCAUAUCGUUCCAUUCUACUACCAACAUGAACGAACACGAGAAAAACUUAAUGACGGGGUCGUUGGAGCAGAGGAAGGAAGCUUUCAAGGAAGACGAGGAGCUUAUGAGGGAGACCACGAAAUUUAUUAGCGAUGUGAUAGAGACUGCUGCUACGGAAGCUUCGAAAAGAAAAAUUCAAUCGGAGGGAGCUGACGGCGGCGAAGGCAGUAGAUUGAAGGGUGGCGAUACCAUCGCUGGCUGGAACAACCGAGCGCGUGGAUUCUGCAAUCGUAUUCUGAAUGCGCUUUGCCCAUGCUUCACCAACCAUGAACUGUUCGCCUGGACUCCGUACCGGUAUCGCUUCACAAGACCUUAACCGUUCGAUGACUCCCGGAUUUCCCGUUCCGUUCGUGCGAACUUGCAAUUGAUGCUAAUAAAUGAAAUAGGAUUAAGCUUUCUUUUCACUGUCAAUUCGAUCUCGCGUCGCGUGUCUCACACGGGCCAACUGAAGACAUCUACGUACCUUAUCUAAAAAUCGACGUGAUUUUCUAAUCUCCAUGGCUAGUAGGAGACGUCUGUUAGAUUAGGUAUUAAUCGUGUGUGUGAAUAUGAAGAUUCUCUCACAGCAUGCAAAUCGUCGUUGCCGACACACGCCCAAAUUAAUCUUCCCGAUGACACCUGGAAAAAAAAAAAGAGACAAGAAUCAAUCUAUUGUAGCUGCUGUGCAGCUGAGUGUGAACAAAGCUAGUGUUCAAUGAAAAAAAAAAAUAAUAAUAAUUGCAGGCGUAAGUAAUUAGAAGAGCUCCAUGUAUACUUCAUUUACGAACGAACUGCGAUGUCUCAAAGCGGUUUGGUCGAACACGGCAAUAAUUAGUUUCUCAUUCACUUCGUUCGACGUGAGAACACAUCGUUUUGAAUUACGCCUUCCAAUUCUAUAUAAGUUUCUCAAAUAAGCAUCUUAGCUGUAAUACGCCACGUGUGACAAAUAGUUCCUCUCGCAAUAUAUGAAAAUUCACUUUUGAUCUAUAGCACAUGAGAAGCAUUUUCAUGUACAAUCAAAAAAAAAAGAAAAAAAAGACAUGUGUGUGACGUUUCGAUCGUUCAAAUUUUUCUCUGUACUAGCUAGAAAAAUGGUGGUGUGUAUAAAGUAGUUUUAUAUUACGUAAAAGUUGAGAAAUAAAUAUUGGAAUUUAUAAAUGACAAAAUGUGUAAAGCUAAAACGAGAUGUGAUGAUGUGUAUCAUACUGUCGACGAUUAAAGGAUGAAUAUUCUUGGCAUUUUAACUAUUUUAUGCAAAUGUGGAAAGAGAAUGUUUUGUUUGUAUAAAUUUUGAAGAGAAAAAGAUACAUUAAUCUGUCACAUAUUUCAAUUUGCAAUUUGUUCAACACGUUUCAAAGAUACGACACGAUUUUCAAUCGAUUCAAAAGUAUAUGUAUUUAACAAGUUGAAUUUAUAACAAUUUAAAAGCAAGCACAGCAAUAAUGCAUGUGAAUACAAUUAGAAAAUCUGUAUCAAACACUGUACGCUUUAUGUGUUUACGUGUUAUAGGAUGUCAAACAAGAGAAUUAAUCGAGUAUAUCGUGAUGUAAUCUUGUCAAUAUUAGUUUCGACUUGAAAAUUAUCGAAAUGGCUUUCAUAAUAGAUAAGCAAUGCUUCUGAUAUUGCUUGUCACAAGAGAAACCGGAUCAAUACCAUCGUUGUAAAACUGACACGCGUAUGUCAUUAUCGGAAAAAUGAUAGAUGAACAAUAUUAUAUUUAUUUUAUUUCUAUACUGCACGCGCGCGCGGAUCCGUGAAGCCUCGUUAUAACCGUCGUCAAAAAGAUUAUUCGAAUGCAUCAUUUUAUACAUAAUAGAGGAAUUAAUUGGAUACCAAAAUGAGUUUCAGCGAUCGACUGUCUUAAAAUGCUGUGUAUUAUCCGUACUAACAUUGAAUGUACCUGUUUCAAUCAACUGUUGUGUAAGUUAGAUUUAAUUGUACGACUGUCAUUGAAUAGGAUAUGCCGGAAAAAGACGCAGUAGUCGCAGCCCUAUUGAUGAAUAAUAUUCCAAAAAAUCGUAUUUUUCUUAACGAAUUUACAAUUUAAGAUUAUUUAAAUCCUCUGCACGGCGAAGCUCUUCGCGAAUAAUCGAUUCGAAUAAAGUGUCGAGGCUACUAGCGUACGUCUUUUUUGGAGUAUCCUACUACAGAUCUCUCUGCGCAAUGUCAAAAGAGGCUCGGCACAAAUCGCACGGGUCAUGGUUUAUCCUCUGUGUGUAUGUGCCGCAGCAACCACCACUAUGUAACCGGCGAUGACUAUAUUUCGACGUUCAAGCGUCGGCGGGACGUAAAGGUGCCAGAAAGAAAAUCAAUAUAUCGCGCGGUCCCCGUUUUGGCCAUAAAUUGCCACUUGCGGAGCACAUGCCGUCUACAUAUUUCGCUGGCGAAAUUAACAAAGAAACACGCGAGUAUUCUCGCUGCGUACGCGCGCUUUCGCCUCUUCCGCGUCCUUAAUUGUUCGCCUGUAUGUGCAUAUUGAAAUUCCUGUCAUAGUAUGCAAGGGGCAUGCUAGGAGGUUGCGAGGUCCAAGCAUAUUUUAUUUUCGCGCACUCCUUACCACAUAUAUACGCAUACAUAUAUACACACACACACACACAUAUACAUACACACAUAUGCCCACUUAGCGACAGCAGAUUGUCCCUGAUAAUUUGCUGAACGUUUCUCGUAUUUCUGAAACAAAGACAAUGCGAAAAAAGUACUUCACGUUGCCUAUUUAGUGUAUGUAUAGAGGGAUCAACAGUGUAUUAUGUAUAUCAGAGACGAGUGACAAUCAAACGUAUGUGGACGUAAAAUUGUCGUGAUCUACAUAUAUAUAUAUAUAUAUAUAUAUACACGUUAUAAAAUACAGAUAUAUAAAAUUUAAUAUCGCGACAAACUUUGUAUUUUUGCGUUACCGGAAAACACUUGAUAUGUAUAAAAGAGAUAUAUUAUUAUUUAAGAGAUAUAUUGUUAUCUUCGUAUAAUCUUUGGUACCGCGAAACUACAAAUAAUUAACACAGCGGCCGUUGAUAAAUAACCAGACACAUACUAUUAACAGAUUUAUCACACUUACGAAAGUAUUACUCUGGAAGCGAUGUCAUGUGUAUAAGUAUAUAAUAAACAUUAACGUUAAAAGGAA